ACAACACAUUCGAAUUUACACGGUUUAGCGAGGUGUUACAGCCUAAAUUCCGAAGAUUCUACUGUUUUAAUGUGUGUAUAGUGUGUAUUUUGUUUGCAAUUGUGAGCUAGCUAAAAAGAAAAAAAUGCUAUUGCUGUUGCGUUUGUAAUAGCGACAAGACGUAUAAUUCAAUAAAUGUGAUCGUCGGGUAAAACAUCCAUUUUGUGUUAUAGAUUGACAUAAAAGUGAUUGUUUAUGUAAAUAUAAGCUAUAGUGAUGGUUUAAUCAAGAUAUUACUUCGGAACUAAACGAAAAGUGUUAAAAAGUUGACUUUAUUAAACUUAAAUUUGAGCCAUGGGCAUCCCAAAUUGGUAAAAGUGCGGUGAAUAAGUUAUGGUUUAGCUUACUUAGUCCUUAUUGACUUCCUUCGAGAUCGAAUUAUGUUAUUUGUCGCGUUAUUAGUCAAAAAUGUUUUUUGUUAUUGCAUCUCAUAACCUCAUUCCAAAACCUUUGUGAAUACGUAAACUGUUUAAAAAAGCGUUGUGAAGGAAGUUGAAUUCAGAGAGUUAGUUAAUUUACCUGUUAUAUAUGAUUCAACGGGAAUAUCAAAUGAACAACGGGUUUAGUACAGGAGAAGAAGAUUCCAGAGGUAAUUCUGAUCAAAUAUGUUGCCUUGUGGAUGACAGCGACCGAUGUAGGCGACUUGCUGGCAACGCGUCAUAUAGCAAGCGAAUACAAAAGACUGUGGCCCUAAAGAGGCUCAAACUAAAUAUUGAUCAUCAGGCUAGGCACACAUACAUCUGUGAUUAUCAUAAAACAAUGAUUCAGUGUGCUCGCACCAAACAGAGAAGGAACAAAGACUCGGAGGAUGACAGUAAUGAGGCAGAAAUAGAUUCUCCGGAGGUAGACUGGUUUCAAUUACAAGUCAAUACAUUAAGGAGGUACAAGAAGCAUUAUAAGGUGCCCACAAGGCCAGGACUUAAUAAGUCUCAAUUAGCUGAUGUAAUACAAAAGCACUUCAAGUCUCUACCAGUCAAUGAAAAGGAGAUUAUAACAUAUUUCAUUUAUAUGGUGAAAACUAAUGGUAAUAAAUUAGAUCAUAAAAAUGGAAUGAAUUCUGAUUCUGUGUAAAUUCAAGUGAUUAUUUAUGAACUUUUAGACUUAAUUUAGUAUUAGAUUAGAUAAUUUCUCUUCCUUAAUUUCCAAUCUUCAUUCAAUUAUCUCUAUAAAAUUGUACAUAAUAAU